AUGUUCACAACCACAGACAUCGCCGAUAAAAUGCGGAUUCGGAUGGAAUCUAACGUGCUUCCACACCAUCUAUUCGCGGAUCACCAAGAGCCCGUCGGUGACCGAGUGAAUUCGUACUUCAAACUCGACACACUCGGGGUUAUUUUAAAAGCCCUCACACCUGACGAACUUACCCUCAUUCGGCCUUGCUUUGGGAAAUUGCUCGACAUGUAUCACAAACCCGCUCACUCCGACAAACUCGCCCACUUUCUACCGACACGGCAGUUGAAGACCGAUAGAAGGCAUGAGCUAUGGUUCAUUUUUGGCGGCAAGCCGGUGAAAUUCUCUCUCUGCAAGUUCGCGAUUGUCACAGGCUUAAACUGCAAACCCAUUUCACCCUCUCCUCGGGAAAUGCUGAAGUGUAAACCCGGAAAAAUUCCAUACUGGUUCACUUUAUUCGGGGGAGACGAAAAUGUCACCGGCGAGAAACUGGAGGCAAUGCUUAGGCGCUCCAAAAAUCUGUCCAGCGAGAUGAAGGUCAAAUAUGCAUGUCUCCUCAUAGUCGAUGGACUGCUUUGCCACAAAUCCGCGGGCAUGAAGAUCCCCAAAGAUCACACGGAGAUGAUUCAAGACCUUGACUAUUUUCUCAGCUUCCCUUGGGGGCGGUACUGCUUUGAGAUGACUGUUCAAUGCAUCAAAUCCCGCACCACCACUCAGCUAGCACAGGCUACCGUUGCCGUUCAGGGUUUUAUUCACUCCGUCCAGUUGGUUCUUCUCGAGGCGGUCCCAGCAGUGCUGUUGACGAUGGGGGAGGAAAACGGGAGUGAGUCAGAGGAGGAAGAGUGCGCUACGGCCAGCACUCUCAAACUAGAUAAGCUGUGGGAUCUCGAUUCGUCGGGCCAGGUUGCCGUGUCAUCAAUUAUAGAAGUAGACACCGAUGACAUCCCACCAGACACGCUAGAGUGGCAAGACGAAGCCCCGGAUCCGAAGGUUGAUUACAUGGAGAUGUUAAUUACAGAAGGAGCCGAGUUUUGCAGGGACUCUUUUAUCGGCGGGGAAGUUGUCCAUUCUCCACCCACACAAUCUGCUGUCGUUAAAAACAGGAAAAGGAAAGGGCCGUCCAUGCCGAAAGAAAAGCUUAUCGUUCCUGUGCGAGCCAAAAAACUAAUAGAAGGUCGUAACUCGGCAAAGGCAUCCAACGAAGGAGAUCCACAGCCCAUUACCGCCGACAGGAUAGCAGAGCUUAUAGACGCUGCCAUGAAGACGGUCCAAUCAAAGAUGGCCGACACAGUGGCCUCGUCGAUGAUGGCAAUGGAGAGUAGACUGGAGCGGAGUCUGAAUGACAAGAUGUCUGCCAUGCUCGCCGCGGCAGGUCGGGGCACCAGAGCUGACCAAGUUAUUGGGGACGUCCUCAGAGACAUCAACGCAGAGCAGGAGACAGAUGGGAUGACCGACGAAUUAGGUGGGCGUAACAGGCAGACCGACGAUCAGCACGACAGUGAAGAACCAAAGACUCAGGACAUCGGCGACGGUGCUCCCAUUACCGAACCAGUUACUGAACAGCUUGACGACCCUGCCCUCAGCACGGACAAAUCUCCAGCCACCGACACUGAAGGCGAUUCACAAUUAAUAAGACCCUCCUCCGACGUACUAGUAGAGGCGGACAACCCGAAAUUUGCUGCAUUAACCCACAAUGUAUCGCCAGACAGAGUAUUAAACAUGGGUGGAGGAUUGCUCAUCAUGUAG